ACAGGUUAUUCGAGGUGUAUAUGUAGCAGUUAAAAUGCUGAAGCUAUGGUGUUUAGUUGUUUUAGGUGGAUUUGGAUUGGAGGUGAUCUUUGGGGAGACAUUUACUGCGAUUCCUGAGAAUUUAUUGAAUUGCUAUAGAAGCAAUGUUACGAAGGAUCUUCCUCAACCUCCGCUCACGACGAAAUUGUUGAUCGAGUUAAUUAGGAAAUUGGAGUUCGACAAAAGUUCACCGCAUAUUAGGACUUUAACAAAUGCUGUGCUUCAUACGGCGAAGUACGACGGUGUUCGAAGAACUGGAGGCGGUGAUGAACUUGAUGGCAUUAUACCUUAUCGAGCGUCAGGUGAACAUUUUUAUAAGUACCAAUUUAUAGUGGAUCAUUUAACUCCCGGAGACACACUACAAUUUCCCAGGGAUGCCAUUAAUGAAGUGGAAUUUUGCAUAUUGCAUUUAAUUGUAUCCAACACUAUAGAUCAAUGGCCAAACAAAUCUUGCAAGGACUGCAUCGUUGAGCAGGGAGUAUUAUGGGAUAAAUGGGGAAGUAUAUCCGGCGGGCAUUUGAUCACGGGUUUGGCAUCAGCCUUGCAAAAGGAGAAGCUUACGUUAGGAAGGCUUAUGGACAAUAUACAGGCAAACGACACGUUCAGCGCAUCAACGAGGAACCAAAUCAUUGACAACGUCUUGUUCUCCACCAUAGUAGGCGACCUGGCCGAGGUUUUAAUUAGACAAGGUGUCGAUCCAGUUAUUGGUGUUGUAGGUAACUGGAAUGACACCUUACUUCCGAGGCUUCAUUACUUGGAGGUGGAUGCAUGGGACAUGAGCGGGGCCGAACUACUAGCAGGGAUAGACGCGAUACUUCUAGCAGAUAGGGUGAAAGACUGGCUGGACAUCCUGGAAGGCAUACGACUAUCGCAGCUCAUCGACAUGUAUUAUUCCGAUAGGGGUGUCGCUUUCGAUCGAUCGUACAGAGCCUGCGAGAGGUUCAAGAAACUGCAAGGGCUUUUCGAUGCCUUUGAUUUGGUCGACUACGUGAGCGCUGCCGCUAAAAUACUUCAGACGACUGGCCGUUACGGCGUUUACCUCGAAGAGAACGCAAUCGAUAAAUUGGCUUUCGGAAUUGUGGAUUCCUACAAGAAAACCGCAGAACUCCUUGGCAAAAGCCAGGUCGACUGCGAUGAAAGGGCCGAAGAUCCGGGCAGAAUGGAACUCAUUGUCAUCCUGGAUGGCACGUGGCAGUCCUACAACAUACAUCAAUUUGCGUCGUACGGAGGCGAGGUGCUCCAGGAAAACAUUUCCGCCAAUGUCAGCGACGACACGGUUAAUUUGGAGUUCCAGAGGUCUGACGGAACCCUCGUUACGCAACUCAUCGAUUUCAGAAAU